GAAGACGCUUCUCUUCCGGAAAGGGCCAGAAGACGUUUUAUUUACUGUCUCUUUCUUCUGAUCUAAUUGUUUAAAGUCUAACCAUAAUAUGUCGUGUUUAUGUUAAUAACAGUGUCUUAAUCAUGGAGGAGGGGGACACGCCGGAGGAGACGUUGCUAAAGCAGCAUCGUAGGGAGAAAAAGGACCUGCAAGCCCAAAUCCAGAGCAUGAAGAAUGCUGUUCCCAAGAACGACAAGAAGAGGAGAAAAGUGCUGACAGAGGAGAUUGCAAAACUGGAGACUGACCUCAACCAGAAACACGAGGAGGAACUGAAGCAGCUCCGACCUACAAGUGGCACAAAGAAGGUGGAGGAGGCGCUGAAUGGCGUGGAGGCGAUGAAGCUGGAGGGCAAAGAGGAGGAGGAGGAGGAGGAGGAAGUCAAACAUCCUCGUGUCACCAAAGCCCAGAAGAGAAGGGACAAGAAGGCGGCCCAGGAGAAGGAGCGCGAGAGCAGGAUCGCCGAGGCCGAGGUGCAGAACCUGCAGGGCGUCCGCCACCAGGAGGGCCUCAAGCUGGCGCAGAAGCUCUCCCAGCGAGGUCUUCAGAUCAAGGAGAUUUCCUCCGACGGCCACUGCAUGUACCGCGCCGUGCGGGACCAGCUGGCACGGCGCCGCCAGCCCGAGUUAAGUGUGGAAGAGCUGCGGGGUCGCACGGCGGCGCACAUGAGGAGCCACGCCCAAGACUUCCUGCCUUUCCUCAGCAACGCCAACACAGGGGACGUGUGCACGGCAGAGGCGUUUGACAAGUACUGCGCUGAUGUCCAGCACACGGCAGCUUGGGGCGGCCAGCUGGAACUGCAAGCUCUGACCAAGGUUCUUCAGCUGCCAAUCGAUGUCAUCCAGGCGGACUCCCCUACUAUCAAAAUUGGGGAAGACUUUGACGGCGACGCCAUCACUCUGGUCUACAUGCGUCACGCCUACGGACUGGGAGAACACUACAACUCUGUGGAGCAGCUGAAGGAGCCCAGCGGCGUGGAGAGCGCCUGAGAAGAAAACGCAACGAUCAACCCGACGAAAUGGACAUUUGUUCAAAUCAUGUCCCACGACACAGAAGCCAACAUGGAGGACAGGCAAGCCUCCCAGCAAUAUCAAUAGCAAAUAAAGUACACAAAAAAAUGUCUGCGUGUACCCUU